AUGAUGGAGCCUUUCCAGCUUCCAUACCAGAAUUAUCAGAGAGGGGACCUAGUCAUUGGAGGAAUUGCUAAUUAUUUUGGCUUUGUAUUUGAAGAAAAAGAUUUCCAUGAGCACCCAAACACAAAGCUUAUAGAUGAACUCUUUGAAGUACUGAAGUACUACCAGAAUACCCUCUCCCUGGUGUUUGCUGUGAAAGAGAUAAACGAGAGCCCUAAUAUCGUACCGAAUAUGACCUUUGGGUUCCACGUCUAUGACAGCUACAUAAAUGCAAGGAUGACUUAUCAGAACACCCUGAAACUUCUGUCCAUCACAGAAAGGAUUGUCCCCAACUUCAUAUGUGACAAGAAAAAAGAAAAGUUAGCUGUUAUUGGCGGACUUGACUCUGACAUCUCCCCCUCCACAUGGAUUGCUUACUGCAUAUUAGCUCCAGUGAGAAGCCCAGAGUUGCAGCCCCAGACAUUCUACCGAACAGUGCCCAAUGAGAAAUAUCAAUAUGCAGGGAUUGUCAUGCUACUUCUACAUUUCCAGUGGACCUGGGUAGGAAUUGUGGCAUCCGAUGAUGAAAAUGGAGAGAGCUUUAUGCAAAGCUUAGUGCCAAUGCUUUCUCAGCAUGGAGUCUGUACAGCUUUCAAUGAAAAACUACCAGCCGUAUCUCAGGGCAUUGUUGAUAUCAGUUUCUUGGAACUCAUUCGGGCCAAGUCCUCGUUCCUGAUGGCCUCAGAAGUUAACAUAUUAGUUCUGUGUGCAGAACCUGAGACCAUUACAGUUGUGAAAUGGAUGCAAUAUUUCUUUUCAUUAGCUGAAGAUAUUGCAGAGAAGUCUACAGGCACUGUGUGGAUUUUGACAGCCCAGUGGGCUUUCUCUUCAGAAACCAUGCAAAGGUAUUAUGACAUACAAGUCUUUGAUGGUGCCUUGUCUUUUGCAAUUCACACAGAGAAAGUCCAGGGAUUUAAAAAAUUCCUUCAGACCCUGAACCCCAAUUCUCCAAAGGGAGAUGGGUUCCUCCAGGCUUUUUGGCAACGGGCAUUCAACUGUUUGUUUUCUGCUUCCAAUGGGCACAAGGAAAACACAAAGACCUGCACUGGCCAUGAGAGUCUGGAGAGCCUUCCUGGGCAUAUUUUUGAAAUGACCAUGACUGGCCAAAGUUACAGUAUCUAUAAUGCGGUUUAUGCCAUUGCACAUACUUUACAUCAGAUGCACUCAUCCAGGUCAAAAUGCAGAAUGAUGGCAGACAGAGGUGGGCUCGAUCCUCCAAAAUUGCAACCUUGGCAGCUGCACUCGUUCUUGAGGAGUAUCUCCUUCAACAACAGUGCUGGUGACUUAGUGUCGUUUGAUGAGAAGGGGGAAUUAGCAGGUGGAUUUGAUAUUAUUAACUGGGUUACUUUUCCAAACCAAACCUUCUCCCGAGUAAAAGUAGGAAAGAUAGUUCCACAAGAUUCACAAUAUGUAGACUUCAGCAUGGAUGAGGAAGCCAUCACAUGGCACAGAUCGUUUAAUCAGCAGUUCAGUACUCCUAAAGAGAAGAGCAGCUGCACUGAUAUCUGGAAGAAAAAAGAGAUAGUUGGGGAAACUAAAUCCAGAACUUUUACAAAGGAGAUCUGUGGAAAUAGGUGUGGAAUAUAUAUGGAUUAUUGUUUCCAAUGCCAAGAUGAUCAAUUUCCAAACAAGGACAGAGAUCAAUGCCUCCCCAAACGCCAACAUUUUCUUUCCUACGCAGAACCUUUAGGGGUCCUUUUAGCUUCCUUAGCUCUGGUCUUUUCUCUGGUCACAGCUUGGAUACUUGGCGUCUUCUCUAGGAAUGGGGACACUCCCAUUGUCAAAGCCAACAACCGGGACCUCACCUACACUCUGCUUCUUUCCCUCUUGCUCUGCUUCCUCUGCUCCUUGCUGUUCAUUGGCCAGCCUCACCCAGUGAGCUGCUCUUUACGACAAGCUGCUUUUGGCAUCAUCUUCUCCAUUGCUGUGUCUUGUGUCUUGGCCAAAACCAUCACGGUGGUUCUGGCUUUCAUGGCCACCAAACCAGGAUCCAGGAUGAGGAAAUGGGUGGGGAAAUCUCUCACAAACUCUGUGCUUCUUGGUUGCUGCUCCGUUCAAACCAGCAUUUGUGCUGCUUGGCUCUGUAUGGCUCCUCCAUUCCCAGAUGUGGACAUGAACUCUCUGAUGGAGGAAAUCAUUGUGGAAUGCAAUGAAGGUUCUGUCGCGAUGUUUUAUUCUGUCCUGGGUUAUCUGGGAUUCCUGGCCAUGGUCAGCUUCACUAUGGCUUUCCUGGCCAAGAGGUUGCCGGACAGUUUCAACGAAGCCAAGUUCAUCACCUUCAGCAUGUUGGUGUUCUGCAGCGUUUGGCUGUCCUUUGUUCCCUCUUAUCUGAGCACCAAAGGAAAGCAGAUGGUGGCUGUGGAGGUCUUUUGCAUCUUGGCCUCCAGCGCAGGUUUGCUGGGUUGUAUCUUUGCCCCCAAAUUGUACAUCAUUCUUCUGAGGCCCGACUUGAACAGCAAAGACCACUUAAUUCUGAGGAGCAAAUAG